UAUAAUUACACACGUAAAUGAAUAAAGAAAGAAAAGAGUUUGAAAAAUAGUUUUAUCCUCUUUACCAACAUUAUCAUUAAUAGCAUAGUGGCUUUAAACUUAGAGAGGCAAACCUCAAUUAUCAAAGAAAGAUACAAUACUUUAAAGGAGAGGAUUUCAUUAAAUUCACAACCGCAAAUUUUGAGGAAAUUAAGGGUUUAGUUCCAUUAACUGAUAAAAAGAAGGACGCAACAUAAAUUGCAAAAUAUUUGAUAGAUUGCAAAAUCAUUUGGAGAAUCGAUAGACACAGUAAUGACCCAAAGAAAAAGUGGCCAAAAUUGGUGACCUUAGUUAGAGUUUUAAUAUUUCAAUAUGUGAUAGGAUUAAACUUUUGUAGAUGAUGGAUUCUACACUUGGAGUAUAGAUGUCAAGAACAAAAUGAACUCAUUAAAGUUGGCUGCCAUUUUGAUUGGUGUUUUUUUAAUCUGUCUCUUCCCAAUAUGGCCUUUUUCAUUUAAAUAUGGUAUUUUUAAGUUUACAAUAUAUCUGCUUAUAUUGUUAAUUGGGCUCUAAGUUGCUAGAUUGUUGUUAUAUUCAAUAAUAAGAUUAUUUGGAUAUGAAUUCUGGAUUUUGCCAAAUAUCAAUGAUGAUGUAAAUUCAUUCUCUAUAAAUAUAGUCUUAUGGAAUAUUAGGCUCAUUUCUACCUAUUUAUUCGAUUUCGAAAUAUUCAGAUGGAAAAUUGGAAAUAGUACUUCGAUUGAUAGGAUUAGUGGCAUUUUUUAUGUUGAUUUUUAUAAUAGUCUAAGAGCCCCAUCAUCUCACUAAUAUAACAGAUGCCACUGGAUAAACAUUAGAUGAUGUUUUCUUAUGGGGAAAAGAAAAAAUGGAAGGAAAAUAAGUAAAAUUAUUAGAUAGAAAUUAGGAACCUUUGCAUAGAAGAGCAAUCCCAGAUUUAAAUGAAUUGCUUAAGUAAGCAGAGGAGGAUUCAAAUAAUGCUCAAAGUGUACUUUAAGAUGAAAAUUUGGAAAAACCUGAAGUUUAAAAUGAUUUGUGAAUAUAUAAAUUUUAGUAUUUUUGAUAAUAGGUUAUGUAAAAU